UUCUUUUUUUUUUUUUUGUAAGCAGAGCAAAAGUACCCCCCCAUGGAUUGGGUUUGUGCCAGUUGCUUUUUAUUGUACACAUAAAUUGUGAUAAGAUUUGUUUCUGGUUCUGUUUUUCUUUUUUUUUUUUUUUUUUAUUUCAUUCUUACCCAAUUAUUCCUGCGGCUAACCUGUUCAAAUUUUUGUCUUCAAAUUUUUUUUUUCUUGGUUUAUUGUAAAACUUAUUGUCUAGCUAUGGCUGGACAACUACUUAGUUUGUUUCUCGACCCCUCUGAUAUGACAUUCUCAUAAAAUACUGCUUGAGGUGUGGUUUUGGGUUACAUUAGCGUUUUAUCUGUUCAGUCGUAUUAGCAGGAAUAAAACGACUUGUUUCUGUUGUACUUGAGUCUUACGAAAAGGUGCCCAUAGUUUAGCGACAGUUUCCAAAGGCUUUAGUACCACCUGUAUUACAAAAUGGGGGACCCAAACUCCCGGAAGAAACAAGCUCUGAACAGACUUCGUGCUCAGCUUAGAAAGAAAAAAGAAUCUUUAGCUGACCAGUUUGACUUCAAGAUGUACAUUGCCUUUGUGUUCAAAGACAAGAAGAAAAAGUCAGCGCUUUUUGAAGUGUCUGAAGUGAUACCAGUCAUGACCAAUAAUUAUGAAGAAAAUAUCCUGAAAGGUGUGCGGGAUUCCAGCUAUUCUUUGGAGAGUUCCUUGGAGCUUCUGCAGAAGGAUGUUGUACAGCUCCACGCACCCCGCUACCAGUCUAUGCGCAGGGAUGUGAUCGGCUGUACCCAGGAGAUGGACUUCAUUCUUUGGCCUCGUAAUGAUAUUGAGAAGAUAGUCUGUCUCCUGUUUUCUCGAUGGAAGGGAUCUGAUGAACCCUUUAGGCCUGUUCAGGCCAAGUUUGAAUUUCAUCACGGUGACUAUGAAAAACAGUUUCUGCAUGUUCUGAGCCGAAAGGACAAGACUGGAAUUGUUGUCAACAACCCUAACCAGUCAGUGUUUCUCUUCAUUGACAGACAGCACUUGCAGACUCCAAAAAACAAAGCUACAAUCUUCAAGUUAUGCAGCAUCUGCCUGUACCUGCCACAGGAGCAGCUCACUCACUGGGCGGUUGGUACCGUAGAGGAUCACCUCCGUCCUUACAUGCCAGAGUAAGGCACUGGCCAGCAAAAUGGGGAAGAUCACAGAAUGCAGCAGUGGAUUUUCACUUUCCUCACCACUUUAUUCUUUCAGAAUUUAGAAGAAAAAUGGACUCAUGUUCAGAACACUAUACAUUGUGAAACUUGAUCAUCCUGGAUUUUUUUUAUCAUUUGUAUCUCAGAACUUUACAAUUUUUUUUAGAUGUUUUCUGCAUGGACCUUGUGAAAGAGAGGAUGCUCUGCACGCUUCUGCACUGCAUCAGCAUCUUACUAAAAUGUGAAAUGAAGGGACUGUACACUGAAACAAACGUAUCCGAAGGCACAAGGUGACCAUUUGUGGUGGUGUUCCCAUUUGUGCUGGUCAUGCCCCCUAACAUCCACAAUGUUAACCAUCAGUAUUUGGAGGGUGAGAAGUGAAUGUAACGGGUAUAAAAGCCUUAUAGCUUUGCUGUUAAUGAUUGUAUCAAAAAGCACUAUCACUCGUUUUAAUGAACAGAAAAGUGGCUAUUACAAUAGGAGGUAAAUGUGGGGAAGAAAUCUUUCUUUAAAAAGAAGGCAUCUCAUUUAAUGUCUAGGCAUUUUGUUUGCCGCUUUUAUUUUGCUGCGCCAUGUCUGAGUUUACUGGCACUUUGAUUUUGGAUCUCUUUCCCCAAGUUGCUGUGUAGCUGUAUGAAAGUAUUCUUUUGAGUUGGAUGCAUUUAUACAGAUGAGGCAGACCUGGAGUCUGAAGUUGCUAAAGCAGCUAAAACUAAAGUAAAAUAAUAGCUGCAGAAACAAUGUGGGUAGAGGAUUAUUUUUUCUUGAGAGUUGAGACUUGUAAACUUGCAGGUGAACUGUGCAGGAAAUACUGGUUUCUAAAACAUUUCUUAUGGAAAACCCACUGAGGUUUUUUUUUUUUUCUUUUGGAAUAGACAUUAUAAAACAAUGUAAAAUAGUGUUUGGAGUGUCAAAAGUUGGUUCUGAUGGAACAUUUUAAGAUUGUGCAAUGAUAAAAGGAAGACUACUGUAUAGUUUUGAUGACAGAAGGCUCUGCUUAAGGGUUGAGUACUUUACUGGAGUAAAACUACAUAAGCCUGCUCCCUUUGGAUAAAACUAGUGCUUACCUGUUUAAAACUUGUAUUUAGCUUUUGUUUGGAAUUGGAAAAAAUUGGAACUUAAAUAAAUUAGGUGAAAGAUGA